CGGCGGUGCUGGCGGCGUGCCAGGAGCAGUGGGCGGCGGCGCUGCAGGGGUGGGCCGCGGGGGGCGACUGCGCUGCCGUGUUCGGCGUGGAGUGCGACGAUGCCGGCAUGGUCACUUAUUUGCACGUCUCAAAGCAGCCUCUGGACGGCCCCUUACUGGAUGCCAUCGGCAACCUCACCGCCCUCACAUAUCUCCGUCUCGCAAUCAAUAACCUCUCUGGCUCCAUCCCACUCUCCUUCUCUCGCCUAGUGCUCUUGGAGCAGCUGGAUCUGAGCUACAACAGGGGAAUCACAGCCUCCAUUCCCCUCGCACUCUCAAGCCUCACCAAUCUCAACACCCUGGGUCUCAGCUACAUGGAUCUAACAGGGCCGUUUCCAUCAUGGGUAUCCGGUCACACCACAUUGGAGUACAUAAGUUUGGUGGGAAAUCGGCUGAGCAAAGCUAUCCCGGAGUCCCUUGGCAGUGCCAUCAACCUCAAUGUCUUUGCAGUGUGGCAGAACCGGUUCAGUGGCGCCAUCCCGGAGUCCAUUGGGAGCCUGAGCAAGCUAGAAGUCUUGAAUCUAUACAGCAACCAGUUCACAGGCAGCAUUCCUCAAGGCAUAGGCAACAUGGACGGCAUCACGUCGCUCAACUUGGCCAACAACUCCUUGACCGGCGCCAUCCCCAGCACCCUCUCGCGCCUCUCCCGCCUGCAAACCUUGGAUGUUGGGUACAACGGGAUGGGUGGAUCGCUGCCCGCAUGGAUCACACGCAUGGCCACUCUCAAAGGCCUCGACGUGAGUCACAACAAGUUCACCGGGUGGCUGCCUGCUGGUCUUGGGGGCCUGCAGCAACUCACCUUCCU